AUGUCCGUCGCCCACGCCGCGCCGCCCCCGCCGCCCCGAUGGGCCAUCGAACUCGGCUCUGCGCCCGCCGCGCAGCCCGCCAAGGCCAGCGUCCCCGAUCCGCCCGGCUACACGGCGCCGCAGCGGCAACAGCAGGGCAAGAACACCAAGGUUGCCCAGACCGCCGCCCGCAAGCCGCCCUCCACCGAGGAGAUGGACACGCUGAAGCUGAAGAAGGCCUGGGAGCUUGCCAUUGCCCCGGCCAAGCAACUGCCCAUGAGUGCCGUCGGCAUGUACAUGUCGGGGAACUCGCUCCAGAUCUUCUCUAUAAUGAUGGUCUUCAUGCUGUUCAAAAAUCCAGUCAACGCCAUCAUCAACAUCAACCGCACCUUUGCCAACUUCGAGACUCCCGGCACGUCGUCGCGCCUGCUUGGCGUCAAGCUCAUCUUUGUCGCCACGAAUUGCUUAGCCCUUGCGCUUGGGAUCUGGAAGGUCAAUAAGAUGGGACUCUUGCCCACCACGCGGAGUGAUUGGCUGGCCUGGGAGUCGGAGAGGCUACCACUGGAACGGGCACAGUUCCUGGGUUGGGCGUCGCAAUGA